AUCCAGAUCCGCUUUCGACUGGACUCGACCGUAAUUGCGGAGUCGAUUCUGAUGGUGAUCCGGACUUGGAAUGAAUACACAACUCCGCUCCGGAUUACCCAUCACUAGUGCCGAGGAUCCGUUCGAGCACGAGCACCACGAACUGCUCGAACGGAGCAUUCAAGGUCGCGACAAGCUUGAUAUUUGCCUGUUGGGUGCGAAUGUGCAGGAAAGGUAUUGUUGUGUCACCGAAAUUCGCUGUCGUCUUGACGCCCAUCACCACCACCCUGCCCCGUUGCACUCCGCCUCCUCCUUCCCACUCCCUUAUUAGUUGACGCUUGACACAAUACAAACACAAAACAAAAGAGCAAAGGUGGUGUGCAUCCACAACACCUUUCGAGCAAGCAAAACAAGGGUGGGGAGCGAAAACAACCAACGGUGUGCAGCUGUCGUUCGACGCACGCGGCGUGUUUGUUAUGUGAGAAACUGGGCAGCCGCUUGGCAACGCCCCGCCCCGCCUGCCACCCCAUAGUACCGUCGCCGCCUAGCCAGCACCGUACCCGCACCGCUGCGAAAACAUGUCCGCGCAGCUGAACGGGCUCGGCGGACGGUGGUCCGGAAGUAAGGCGCGAACGAAGCACGAGCCCGCGACGCAAUCAGCAGCACCGGGCGGCGACAGCGAAGAAUCCUCGCUGGACGAGUUUCUCGAGCACGAGCUGCUCUGCUGGCUGAACGAGGACAAACCGAUCGGGCAGGAGGUGGCCACGCUGCGGCCGGAACUGUACGGCGAGCUGCACCAGCUGCUUGGCGUCGCUACCGAGGCGGACAAUCGGUGCGUCGAGGACAUACUGGCGGAAGCGGAACGGUUGAUGCUGCAGGACGGUGGGUCGGAGCUGCCGGUCGCUGCCGGCGACCAGUCACCGGUCGGGUGGGGCGAACUGCUGCUCCCGCCGCCACCAGCGCCACCGCCACCAAUGACGACGAAGUGGGAUGAGAGCGGGUCGCCGUUCCAUCGGCCCCAGCGGAUCGCAAGUCCAGCUUGUGCGAAGGUGCUAGAAUUAACCGGGCCGGUCCAUUGCAAUGGCACUGGGGAGCGUAGACAGCAACCAGCGGAGUCGACCAAAGCAUCCAAUAAUCGGAUACGGUCCCCGCCGGAGAACCCACCACCACCACCAACACCUCCACCACCAGCACAACAACCAUCAACUCCUACCACGCCCACACAGCGGCGACACAUCGAUCAACCGACAGCAAUCAAAGCGAAGGCUAGGCUCGAGCGCAUCGAACCGACGCACCACUCGAAACAGACGGCGACGGAGUCGUCGCCGGUGGUGCCGUACCGUGGCCGGCUCACGUGCGACCGCUCGACGCAACCGUCGCCGGACGACGAGCCGGACGAUCGGUGCGCCAGCUGGGCCAAGGAGCGACUGCUCGAGGGGCAAAUUACCGAGCUGCAGGAGCGCCUGAAGGAUACGGAGGAGCGGUACCACAGCCUGAAGCUCCAGUACGACACGCUGUCCCAGGUGCACCGGACGCUUCGCGAAAACUACGGCACGCUGCAGGAGGAAAGCGAAAAGCUGCAGUUCGACAUCCAGCACCUGACCAAGUGUGCCGACGUGUUGCGGUCCGAGCUGCAAUCCGCCCGCUGUGAUCGGGAUUCCGCCAUCGAGCUGCAGAAAAUACUGCAGUCCGAGCUGGACGAAUCGCGCCGAGAGCGCAAAAAGCUGCAGGACGGUGGCGAGAAGGACACGAAAACGAUACAGGACCUGCAGCGCCAGUGCCGCGAGAUGGAGCGGAUACUGAUGCGCAAAAAUCCCGACUCCAUAUCCGCCUUAAUCGUGGCCAGCAAAUCGCCGACGGGCAAGCCGGAACCGGACGGCUCGAACUCGACCACCUGCCGGCUGCUGGAGCAGCGGAUCGCCCAGCUCGAGGCGGACGCGCGGAAGCAGGACGCGAAGGCGCAAGGUAUACUGGCCGACGUGCAGGCCCGCUUUAACUCGGUGCAGGCAAAGUACGAAACGCACAUAGCCGAUCUCGAGAUGCAGGUGCUCAGCCUGCAGGAGAUCAACUCGAAGCUGAACGAGAAGAUCAUCCGCCAGAUGGAGGAGCUGGCCAGCAUCGGCAGCCAUGCCGGCACCGUCAACGGCAGCACCGCUAGCUUUACGCAAACAGACGCAACAGUGGAGGGAGAGGAGGAGGAGGAGGAGCCGAGAGGCCGCAAGCGCGAGGCUGCCAAUGCUAAAGUACGCUCUAUUUUAGUGCAGACGGAUGUGACGGGAGAGGCGGCCCCAGCGGCAGCGGCAACGGUGGUGGUACCGGCGGUGCGCCAACCGUCCGCCAAGCGGGCCCAGGCCCAGGGCAAGGAGGACGCCCAUCUGCUCGCCACCAUACGCGGCAUGCGGGUCGAUCUGGCCAUCAAGGAGAAGGCGGUCCAGCGGCUGACGCGCGAGGUCGAGGAGUGCAAGAAGACGAUCAAGAAGCUGCAGAAAAAGAAGGAACCCGGGCCGGUCGGGGCGGGCAAUGGCGGCGGUGGCGGUGGCCGGGGCGCCGACAGCAGUGGCCGGUCACCGGUGAAGGUGCGCAGCAAGCCGGAGAGCGGUGGCGAGUGCGGUGCCGGUCCCGAGCCCGGUGCGCUCCGCGAUGCGCAGUCCAAGGUGAAGCUGCUCGAGCUGGACUACAAGGCGCUGCAGGAGAAGCGGCUACAGGACCUGAAAACGCUACAGGCCGCACACGAGAAGGAGCUGGCGUCCUGCCACGAAUCGAUACGCUUUCUGCAGCAGCGGCUGGCGGAAAGCGAGGAGGAGCUGCUGCUGCAGCGGAAGGACAGCAAGCACCGGCCGAACCACGGCACCGAUUACUACGGACUGAAGGCAAAGCGAAUGCGCCCACUAAAGCGGGCUGUUGCGCCGCGGGUCGGGAGGCUAGCGACCGCACGGUACGGUUGGCACUCGGCCGGCAGUACCAACACGCCCGGCAGAUCUGCAGCAGCGCUGGUGCAUCUGCUUGCAAAUGAGUUACACUGCACGAAAUCGAAACUGUUGCUAGGCGACGACGGGCACAGACAAUAAGAGAAUUGGUGUGUCUUGUACCGAGACAAAAAAAACAGACAAAAUACGAAAAUUAACGAAGAUGAUAUUGUAGGGAGCAGAUAGACACAUGCCACAGAGAGGGAGAGAGCGAAUACAUGAAAUGUUCCUGCCAAAUUCCACAACCGUACCCAAAGAAAUUGUUAGAAAGUUUAAGCGACGGACACGUCCAAUUUGCAAAUGUCCCACACAAGCCGUGAUAGUUUAACCAUCCAUCAGUGCGCAUAGUUUAGUUUAAAGUACUAAUAUUCGUAAUGAAAAACAAACUCAGUUGUUGAGUUAACUGCGGCUGUGCUGAGUUGAUUGACUUUUGUUUAACCUGAAUUAUAUUUAUCAAUUUCUCUAACUGUUCCGCAUUUACGAAGAAUUGGCGAACAGUUAUUUAUUCAAGUCGCUAACUCACCGCACAGCCACGCAGUCGGGCAGAGGAAGUUUAUCUCCCAGUAGGUGUUUGACAACAACCAGUGCUGCAAAAUAUCAUGAGUCAAACGCGCAACUCUGACUCACAAGCUGAGCUUAAUGCCGACACAAGCAUAAUCAUGACUUUUUCUGACUGUGAAAAGCCAAAUGCAACUGCUUCGGUCACCAACAGUCAUGACUGAAACGAAGCUCAAAUCAGCUCACGUACACAAGUGAGAUGAUCAGAGGUGAGACUCAAACAUGCUUGGUAAAAUUUUAUUUAACAUCCAACUCUUGGUCACUCACGUUAUCACGACAUUUUCUGUUAGGUGAUAAUCACCGUUGAGUCUCAUCGCUGAUCAUCACAGUAGAGUUCGUGACACAGACAUGAUUUUGUUUCAGCCAGAAUUUGUCAUGACUAUGUCAGUAACAUUUUGCAAAACUAAUCACAGUAAAAAAAAGUCAUGACAUAGUGACUGAGCGAUGGCCGCAAAAAUGUCACGAAGCAUGUAUUGGUCACACGAAUCGUUUUGAUUAUCUCCUCUGAUCAUCGCAUUUGAGUACGUGACGCUGACAGGGAUUUUGUUUCAGUCAGUUUGCUUUAUGACAUUGACAGUGACAUUUUGCAGCACUGAUAACAACAAAGCAACAUAUAAUUUUUAAUCAUUACUAGCCGUUUGCAAGAGCUAAAUUCGCAGGGGAUACAAGAAGAGUAGCAGCUUCGUCUACGGCCAAUCAUUAUCGCCACGUGCUUUCGGUUUGCUGCACCCAUAUUUGGUUUGACAUUUUGAUUUUUUUUAUUACCGCGUUAUUUGCUAACGUUUUGUGUUGCAUUGUUUUCCCACCGUUUUUUGUUUGGUUGUUUCUAUCUCCCGUUUUUACCUUGGCUCGUGUUUGGUCUUUCGUUUACCCGUCCCGGCCAAAUGUGGGGUGGGGCAGAAACGAAACGACAGCCCUGCGACAGCACGAACAGAAGGAGCGAAAAGAGAGUUUACAUUAAAAUAUGCUAAUUCUUGUUUUUAUUCCACCCCUCUCUCUCUCUCUCUCUCUCCCCCUUCUGCUGCACUCGUCCUGCGCUGGAACUAUCCGUCCCGCCUCACUCCCUGUGCGAAUAAUCGUGUAUGUGUGUGUGUGUGUGUGUGAGUGUGCUCUUUUUUGUAGGUCGCAUAUUUAGAACGACGCCAUACCGAGCGCGAGCAACGACUUCUUAUGUUGGUAGAAGCGUUAAGCAAAUAAAAAAAAAUUACAAAAUUACAACCCUACCACCACCACCGCCCCUUCCACCGAGUGGAAGGAGGAGGAAGAUGCAGGAGGGAGAUGUAAUUUUAAGCGUUUUUAAAGCCCGCCAGUCAGCCUGUCCCCCAUCCCUUUCGGACACAUUCCACCCAGAUGGAGGGAAAGGCGGAUGUGGGCGGUUAGGAUGGCAGCCACUGUGUGGGGCUGUUUGUACAAUCGUCAAAACUUUAUUCCCUUCUAGUCAAAGUCGGUGCACCAACGGGCACUCACCUCCCCCAUCCACGUGCUGGGCUGUACCGGUGGACGCAACUGGAUUACGCGACGGAUUCUGGGGAGGGUGGGGCGCGCCACCGGUGUGAGAUUCUGCCUGAUGUGUGACUGUCGUCUGUGUGUUUUAAUAAAAACAAAAAAAAUAACAGAAAAACACACACACACAGAUGAGGGCGUACAAUUUUAAUGUAGUUUAAUGUAUUAAUGUUUGAAAAUAUUACAUGAAAAAACAGAAGAAAAAAACACAACAAAACAUAAAAGGUGACAAACAUGCAAUUAUUAAAAAAAUAACUACUUACUAUCAGAUAGUAAUUCGGUUAGAUGUGUUUAUUGUCGGAAUCGAAAAACGAAGAAGAAUCUCAGUUUCGGCGCGUUAUAGGACGGUUUUGUAAACUUAGACGUGUAUUUUUUUUAGUUAGUAGUGAAGAAGCAGAAGAACAUAUAGUAGAGAAUACCCAUUUCUGUAUGUAUACAUUUGUUUGCCUUUAUUUCAUUAUAGUGUGCCACAACACAGAUUAUACAGCGCGAUUUGCGAUACAAUGACUUUAUGGUAUUAUUUAUAUAUUUAUUUAUGUAUGUGUGCAAAGGUUUUAUUCGUUCACACUUCAUUCGCUUUGUUUUUAAAUUAUUUGUAUAAUUGUUAGAAUAAGAAUAGUUCUAAUAUUCACAAUACAUUUAGUUAUUCAUUUCAUUGCAGUUGCUUUUUCUUAUUGUUGCGCUCUCUAGCAUACUGCACACCUCUACCUUUUGCUCCCAUACCACUCCUUAACGUUUGGUUUGUUUAGCGCAAAGUAGUAACAGUUGUUAGAGCCGAACGCGAUCGCUAGAAAGCGUCGGUUGUGUGUGUGGGUAGUAUCCACCGUUACAGGGGUAGAGAAUGAGAAUGGCAGGGGAAAACCGCCUGCGCCCAUUACAAACGUUAGUCGUAGCUGUCAACAAAUUCCUAAGUUAAUUCAAUAAACAAAACGACACAAUGCCA